ACAACUAGCAUCUCCCUUGAUUGGGGAGUGAGUGGGUGUGAAUCUGUCCGGUCGAAUCUUGGCCUUGAGUUCAGAUUCGUGAGUCCAAGAUGUCGGGCGGCGGCGUGGUGUGUCCGCCUCCGGAGCUGAGCUUCGGCGGCGAGUACUACUCGGUGGUGAAUGGCGUCUGCAGCCGUGCCGAGAGCUUCUUCGGCGGGAAGCCGGUGCUGGGGCAGGCCGUCGGGUACGCCGUCGUCCUCGGCUUCGGCGCCUUCUUCGCCCUCUUCACAUCUUUCCUGGUGUGGCUGGAGAAGCGGUACGUGGGGGGAUCGCGGCAGCGGACGUCGGAGUGGUUCAACACGGCGGGGCGGAGCGUGAAAACGGGCCUGAUCGCGAGCGUAAUCGUGUCCCAAUGGACGUGGGCCGCCACGAUCCUGCAGAGCUCGAACGUGGCAUGGCAGUACGGCGUGAGCGGGCCCUUCUGGUACGCGAGCGGCGCGACGGUGCAGGUGCUCCUGUUCGGUGUCAUGGCCAUCGAGAUCAAGCGCAAGGCCCCCAACGCCCACACCGUCUGCGAGAUCGUCCGGGCCCGGUGGGGGAACCCGGCCCACCUCGUGUUCCUGGGCUUCUGCCUCGCCACCAACGCCAUCGUCACCGCCAUGCUGCUCCUGGGCGGGUCCGCCGUGGUCAACGCGCUGACCGGCGUCGACGUGUACGCCGCCAGCUUCCUCAUCCCGCUCGGGGUCGUCGCCUACACGCUCGCCGGCGGGCUCAAGGCCACGUUCCUCGCCAGCUACGUCCACUCCGUCGUCGUCCACGCGGUUCUUCUGGUUUUCGUCUUCCUCGUUUACACCUCCAGCAGCCGCCUUGGGAGUCCCAAGGUGGUCUACGAGCGGCUCAUGGCCGUCGCCAGUGUUGCCAGGGACUGCUCCGGGGAGCUCUCGCGGUCCGGACAGGCGUGCGGCCCUGUUCGUGGGAACCUCAAGGGAUCCUACCUCACCAUGCUCAGCUCCGGCGGCCUCGUCUUCGGCGUCAUCAACAUCGUCGGCAACUUCGGAACCGUCUUCGUCGACAACGGGUACUGGAUGAGCGCGAUCGCCGCACGGCCUUCCUCGACGCACAAGGGGUACCUGCUGGGCGGGCUGGUGUGGUUCGCGGUGCCGUUCUCGCUGGCCACUUCCUUGGGCCUCGGCGCGCUGGCACUCGACCUGCCGAUCACGGCGUCCGAGGCGGCCAGGGGGCUCGUGCCGCCGGCGACGGCCACGGCGCUGAUGGGCAAGCCAGGGUCGGUGCUCCUCCUGACGAUGCUCUUCAUGGCGGUCACCUCCGCGGGGUCGGCCGAGCUGGUGGCCGUGUCCUCGCUCUGCACCUACGACGUCUACCGGACCUACGUGAACCCGGGCGCGUCGGGGAAGCAGAUCCUGCUGGUGUCCAGGGCCGUCAUCCUCGCCUUCGGCGGCUCCAUGGGCGCCCUGGCCGCGGUGCUCAACCUCGCGGGGGUGUCCCUCGGCUGGAUGUACCUGGCCAUGGGCGUCCUCGUCGGCUCCGCCGUCAUCCCCAUCGCGCUGCUGCUGCUCUGGAGCAAGGCCAACGCGUCCGGCGCCGUCAUGGGCGCCGUCGGCGGCUGCGCGCUCGGCGUCGCCGUGUGGCUCACCGUGGCCAGGGUGCAGUACGGCCGCGUCGACCUGGACAGCACGGGACGCAACGCGCCCAUGCUGGCCGGCAACCUGGUUUCCAUCCUCGUCGGCGGCGCCGUGCACGCCGUGUGCAGCCUCGUCUCGCCGCAGCGGUACGACUGGGAGAGCUGCAGGCAGAUCACCACGGUGGAAACCACCCCCAUCGGUGAAGACGAAGAAGAAGACGAGGGGCUCAAGGAGGAGCGGCUGGUGCGCGCCAAGCGGUGGAUCGUGAAGUGGGGGCUGGUGUUCACGGGCGUGAUCGUGGUGGCGUGGCCGGCGCUGUCGGUGCCGGCGGGGAGGUUCAGCGAGGGCUACUUCACGCUGUGGGCGGCCAUCGCGAUCGCGUGGGGCGCCGUGGGGUCGGCGGUCAUCAUCCUGCUGCCGCUCGUGGAGAGCUGGGGAACCAUCAGCAAGGUGUUCGCCGGAAUGCUCACGAACGAUGCUGUGUAUGAGCGACUCGACGAUGUCAGCUUGCGGCUCACGGCCAUCAUGGGGGCCAUGCCCGAGGCCGAGAAGCACUACCGCAGCCUGCUGCAGCGGCAGCACGUCGAGAUGGAGAUGACGCAACCCGCCGCCGCCGGCACCCAUCCCAUUCCGGCCAACGAGGAUGGUGAUGACGAGGCCGACCGUCAUUUGCAGAAUUAACUGAAUGGAGUACGUCGUACGAUGGAGGCUGACAUUCAUCCGGCCGCAGUAAAUCCUUGUGGAAACAGAGUGUGUGUGGCACGCUGCUGUCAAAAAAAAAAGGGUGUGUGUGGCACACGCGAUCUAGUGGUGGGAACGAAUGACGUUGUUCAUUCCCAUGGGAGAGUCCCCUGCCCCACAUUCCUCUCACCACCGAUGUUCAAUGUCGUAAUUGGCACGUAUGCGUCGUUACGUGUACGUAUUUGAGUGGGAUCCCUGGAUCAGUGGAUCAGCCGCUACCGUGUGUAAAUAUAUGCUUGUGACGUUGUGCGUGGGGAUUGAUGGAGAGUUUGCUUGUGUUCACCUUCUACUCUAAAAGAGUCAAGAUGAAAAUGGCUCGAGAUCAAAUGAAGCGGAUGGAUAAGACAGAUAGUUCACUGUCAUGGACCAUAGAGCUCUCCGUAUCCUUCAUGCGAUUGUACUCAUUCAUUCCAUCUUAAAUGAACUCCUAUAAUGAACUUUGUUCUCCUU